AUGUAUGAUGAUGACGUCAAAUGGCGCUUGCUGCGCUACAUUCACUCGACUAUGUUAUUCUCUGAUGCGGACGUCGACUUUAAUCUCAUUGCCUGGAACCGUGUCGUGCUGCUGCACGGUCCUCCAGGCACGGGAAAAACGUCACUUUGCCGCGCACUUGCCCAGAAAUUGGCAAUACGUCUACAAGGACGGUAUACCCAUGGCAAACUAGUGGAGAUCAACUCUCACUCGCUGUUUUCUAAAUGGUUCUCUGAGUCCGGUAAGCUCGUACAUCGGCUGUUCGACAUGGUACAGCAGCUCGUGGAGGAUGAAACGGGCUUUGUCGUUGUAUUGAUCGAUGAAAUCGAGAGUCUUUCCAAGGCGCGCAGCUCCGCAGCUGCUGGUGUGGAGCCCAGUGAUUCUAUCCGUGUUGUCAAUGCGCUGCUCACCGAGCUUGACAAGCUCAAGCAAAAAAGAAAUGUGCUAGUCAUGACCACAUCAAAUUUGUCCGAUUCCAUCGAUCCAGCUUUUCUGGACCGUGCAGAUAUCCGUCAGUACAUUCCCCCGCCGAGCGCAGCAGCUGUAUACAUGAUCUUGCGUUCGUGCAUGGUUGAGCUGAUACGCGUGGGCCUAGCCCAAGAGACCUCGUUUCCCUCGUUCAAUGCGAUCCGUGAGGGCGAUUCGACCUCUCCUGCUGCGAUGCUAAGGGAUUUGGCGAUACAUUGCCAAGGCUCCUCAGGUCGUUCUCUUCGUCGCCUCCCAGUCAUGGCGCAUGCGCAGCAUUUGCAUAGUGCUGGUGCCGUGGCCUGUGAAGAGUGGAUUCGAGCUAUGCGAUGCGCUUGGGACAGCACUCGUACUGUACUUUCUUAG